AUAAAAUCAUGCAGUGCCAUGCUGCAGGAUCACAGUUAGCAGCAGAAGGAUAUGAUGAGGGCUGUGGUCCUGUGGGGCCUGCUGGUCCUGCUCUGUCAGCACACUCUGGUGAGCGGCCACGUUCUGGGACGGCAGUCUUCGACCAGCGACCUCUCUGAGCUCAAGGUAGGAGACUAUAUUAGCCCUUUAGUAAUGACACCUGCUCACACAGUGCACUAGAAAGUCAGGUCCAUUCACAGUAACAGACAGGAAGGUGUUUUGAUGAUAUCAAACCCAUAACUGCUACAGCAGUCUUAAUGCAGAUAGUUUUAUUCUGGAUUGUCCUGGUUUUGAAACACCUCCACACAGAGGAGGUAAAGCAGGGCUGCAGCUGUUUCUGAGGACAUCAAGGUCAUGACCUCUGCACCUUCUUCAGGGCUUUUUUUGAGUGCACAUCCUUUUCCACUUGUACCAUAACCUGCUAAAACUCUUAAAAGCUCCCGAGGUGAGCUUUUAGGUUGUUGCGAAAAACUGAUGCCUAAUAUGAAAUGUUGAGGCAAACAAGAGCACGAAGGGACAGGAUUAUUUUUUUCUACUAACAUUGUUAAUGUCUAAUUUAUGCAAAUAGGAGGUUAGCAGAUGAGAGAAGCCUGUAUAACAGCCUUUUUCUAAAUUUAAGAAUACAAAAAAAAAAAAAUCUAAUAAAAAUUUAAAAGAAAAUAAACAGCAAUUCUAGCAAAUAACUGAAGCUUCUCAUGAAGAGGACAUAUCUGAGGAACUUGUUUUUAACUGGACGGUAUCAUAUGAAUUCAUAUAAUAAUCUCUUAUAUAAAUGAAUGAAAUGAUACAAUACAAUACCAGAGAAAACUAGAUACAAUAACUUUUAUUUAUGUAACCUCUGUUAAAACGAGUUUACAAAGUGCUUUGACAUACAGAUAGGAGUACUUCUGAGAACAAAGCUUAAGCACAAAAAUCUCCAACAGUUUAACCCAUACAAACAUAAUAAAAACAACACAAAGACAAUGUCCUGGCAACAUGAGAAUCCAAAAACAAGAAACUGAGCUGAGACCAGAAGGACAGAGGGAAGAAGGAAAGGUAAGAAACAAUAAAGAGUAUGGAAUAAAGGAGCAGUGAAGGGAAGUAAAAAGCUACAGAGGUAAAAGCAAUACAGAGAGAGAGAGACAUGUUAGUUUACAGAUAAUAAAGCAGUGAAAACAUGUUAAAACAGAUUAAAAGAAGCUGAAAGGCAAUGACAGGAGCUAGGAAUCAUCAUAAUGAUAAAAUACAGUUUAAAAUUAAAUAAAUAAAUAAAGCAACAAAUCUGAUGAAAAGCCAUUAAAAUGAAGUAAUUAGAGUAUGGAUUAAAGGCAAAUAGAUGAUACAUGCAAAUAGAUCACUUAACAUUAUAAAGAGUUUUGAGAGGUCAUUUAAAGAUGUGACCAAUUUUGUGAGCCAUAUCUCCUUACAAAGGUGAUUUCAAAGUUGAGGGGCCUUGAUGGGAAAAGUUUGAUCAACCCAACUUUAAAUUGUAGCUUAGAGCCAGAUACAUGCUUCAAAAGUGAUCAGUAAAAUAUGGAUCCACAUGGUAUGAUAUAUAUAAUGAUAUAUAAUGAUAUAAGAUGACCCAGUGUAGUACAGAUCAGUACAGUCGAUUAACAUGACCCUUUUUUUAGUAAUACCCUGAACAUUUAGGCCUGGACUGUAUCAGAACAGCAUCUGAAAACAAUGAAAGAAAAUUUUUGGAGGCUAUUAAACAUAGUGUUCAACAAGCCCAAACUUCCAUCUUUGCCUUCAUUAGAUUGAUAUCCAGUAGGAGAACUUUUUAAAAUCAGCAGUAGUUCAGGUACAAGUCCAAACCCGUUUCCUUCUCUCCACAUCAGUCUUUGCUGCAGCGUUUUGAGGAGACUCUGGCUGAAGCGGUCCAGGAAGAGGGGAGAAACUCUGAGGCGGAUUAUGAGGGAACAAAUCAGGUGCCAGAGCAGAGCCAGACCGGCAGAGGGUGGAACCCGGAGCAGGAGGUGGACCAGGAAGCUUUGAUACCAGAAAGAUCUGAGGGUCCCAACAGGACAGCAGCAAGUAUGAGGAGCCGCCUGCAGGACCUGCUGCUCACCGCCAGGAAGAAAUCCUCCUGUUUUGGAGCCAGGAUGGACCGGAUAGGAAACUCCAGUGGACUUGGAUGCAACAACGGAAGAGGUGAGAAACAAAACUAGACCAGAAGCCACUGUGUUUUAAUCAUGAGCCUGAGAGUAUAAGACAGUUAAUUUUGCAGUAAUAAAAAUGCAAAGUGAAAAAAGUGCUUUAUUUUAGAUAAAAAUGCAAAGAAACAAGUUUCUUGUGGCAUUUCCAGCAUGUGCUAGACUUUCAAAUAAACAUCAGAUCCAAAGUUUGUGACGGCAGAGCUCUCUGAGGUCCUUUUGAGAACAGACAAUAAUAUGGAAGAGUCAACUAAACAUGUGUUUUUAAUUCCAAAACAGAAAUUUACCAAUUUUUUAAAGGAAACAUUCUUUUUAAUAUCAAGAUUUGAUUUAUUUAUUUCCCUGUUUGUCUUACAUUACAGUCUGUUGGAGCAGCUGUAAGUUAACUAAGUCAGUACUUUGGUUGCAUCUCCUUACAUGUUUGAAUGCAGGAACCAAACAGUUUUCUACUUCUGCUUUUUCUUUCAGUGUAUUUUUGAGAACAAUGCAGGAACCUUUUAAUAUUAGAGAAAACUUGCAGAGUUCUCAGCUGCCUUACAGCCAUGACAAUCUUAUUUUAGGAAAAACUGUGCACACAAAACACAAGCCUGGUUUAAAUCUUACCUCUAGAGUAUGCUGUAUAAAAGCCAAUACUUUAAAAAGAUUAACUGACAGCACAGAAGACUGAGAUUCUCUUUAGAAAAGGACCAAAAGCAUUAUAAGGACUUUUAAAAACUUAAUUUAUACUUUUCUUUUUGCACAAACACAAAUAUUAAAACUCGAAUCAAUCCCCCACACAUCCAGAAAGUAGGAAACAGAACCAUACAAGGAACAAUUGUAAAAUCUUAAUACUACAGAUGAUAAAAAGAUAAAAUAUCUAAAAGUUAAAAAGAAAAGUGGAGAAUGCUAUUAUUUUAACUCUGGGACCUGCUUUUCUCAUGCUGAAGUGCCCUUGGGCAAAACACUUGACCUCAAAACCUCCACUGCUGGCUGUGGGAUUAGUUAAUUCUGAUGGCUACUUUACAUAGCAGCUUCUGCCAUCAGUGUGUGAAUACAACCUGUAAUAUUAAAGUGAUUUUAACACACAGAAGAAAGAGCUUCAUAAACGCAGCCCAUUUACAGCUGAUGAAGUUAGCUUCAUAUUGUAUUAUGGGCAUUUUUACAGUUGUCCCUUCAGUAGUACCGCUCUCCAACAUGACUUUAAACUUUGACAAAUGAAGACUGUGAUACAGAGCUGCUGAAGUCAACAGCAGCAAAACAUGGUGAAUAUUAAUUAAUUAUCCAUUCCUGAUCAUUACGUUAAGCUGUAUUAGCAAAAGAAAAAGAGAAAACAAUAACCAAAUAAGUAUUUAUAAAAAUGUAAUUUCCAUUGCAGUGAUGUUGGCCACUCAAUCUAGUCUGCAGAUUUAUCUAUUUCAAAUAACUGAGUUUAAUUAAAGGCCAAAGCAGUUAAAUACUGUUUAACACUGAUUUCUGUGUCGUUUCUUUUCAGGGUAAUCGGACAAUUUCCAGUCUCUAAAUGAAGACACAGCAAACCUGAUGGGAAAUGUUUGGAUCUAUAUUUGUAAAAGUUUUUCUGUUAAGUCUGUUCUGCAGUUUGUCAAGU